AUGGCGGUGCUGCCACUGUCUCUCCCACUGAUUGUCUCUGCCAUCACCUUCGAUCUCAUAUUCAGCGAACUCAAAGGAUCGCCACUGGUUCUUCUGUCACCGUCACGUAACAUCACCUUCUACGUAUCCGGUCGUAGCCUUCUAGCCGACUCGGUGGCCAUCGCCGAGGUGGACGUCGGAGAGAAACUCUCAGUCUCUGUGAAGUGCCUAUCCGAGACCUCUGUACAUUUUUCAACUGCUGGUCUUAAUUCACUGCUAUAUUCACCAUCGCUAUGCUCGUCAGCGAAUGGUGAGUGA